AUGACCACCACAUUAUCGAACCAGGGAAUCAUCUGGAGAGGAAUUCCUGCCAAAUUCGAAUCGCAGCCGCUCACAAUUUGCAGAAUCUGCGAAGUGGAGCGACCUCGCGGUUCCUGCCAUUGUGAUGUGUGUCAGUUGGAUCAUCACUGUCCGUGGAUGGGGAAGUGCAUUGCAAAGAAUAAUCUGAAGUUGUUCAAUGUGAGUGUAAUGUGCAUUUUUGGAAGUAUCUUCCUCGCUGGGUUUGCGUCGAUGGUUUUAUGA